AUGAAAAGACAAAAGAGAAAAGCAAAGGAAGAACUUAAAGCAAGCAAAGACAAAAAGGUCAGAACACUUGCUGAUUUUGGUUUUGCAGUCCCUGCUCUACCAGAUGUAUUGGUAGCCAAGCCUCUGGUUGUACAAAAACCAAACAAGGAUCAAAUAAAUAAAAAACUUCGUGCUACUUUUGAGUUACUUUCUGAAAAAGUAAACUCUCAAUUGGUUUCAAACAGUGAUAUGAACCAAUCCUUCUAUUUCAAAACCAGCAAAUUGAAGCAUCUAAAAGAGCAGCAGAGAUUCUUUAGAACUAACCUUCCAGGUUCUGUAGAGAAACAGUUUGUGCUUGGGCAAAAGAACUUCUUGAACCUAAAGAAAAAGAUGCUGGUUUGGCUCCGUGCCCAGAAACCAGAAAGAAGAACAGUCAUUGAGCUGAAGAAGUAUCUUAACAAGACCCUUUUCCCUGCGUGCCUGCAUGUAAAAGGAAACACUGCCACUAGUACGGCGUGGAAAUGUAUGAGAGCAUGGGGAAUGAUGACAUACAAGGAGUAUAUGUCAGACUUUAUGGGCAAAAAUGAAGAGAUUGAGAUAUCACCUCUUCUUUUAGAAAACCAGAAGAAGCUAGUGAUGGUAACUCAUGACAAGUCCACCUUCUAUGCCCACGAUGGAAAGGUGGACAUGUGGCUUGAGAAAGGUGAAAGAUAUAUUCGUAAAAAGGGUCAGGGUUGUGCUCUUAUAGUGAGCAAGCUCCAUGUUAGUGCUGCGUAUGAAAGUUACUGGACAAGCAAAGACAUGCUUGACCAGCUGAAGAACCAUGCUAUCCCUCUGUUCAAAAGCUUGCAUGAGGGAUGCACUGGUGUCUUUAUUUUCGAUCAAAGCAGCAAUCACAAAGUAUAUGCCACGGAUGUCUUGGUUGCUACCCACAUGAUUCUAAAGCCAAAGGUCGUUUCUGAAAAUGACAAGUUCGUUUUCAAAGAUACAACGUUUUUGAAGGAUGGAUGUAUCAUCCCUCAAUUGUUUUAUGAGACAGUCUUUGAAGUUGGAAGGAAAAGAAAGGGGUCAGUGGAGAAGAGACAGUUUGUUGGCGUCCAGCAGAUCCUUCAGAAGCAUGGACUUGCCUCUCCUGUGGCUGGUUCUCCUUCCAUGAUCAAGAGAUUUUAUAAAAAGACUUGGAGAUAUAUUGAAGCUUACAGCAAGUUUUUGGAUGCUAAGGAUGCUGAUGCUGAGGUGAAGAAAUUCAUCUUAAGAAUAAGUAAAUCUCACUGCAGCAUUGGUAUCCAUGAUUAA